AUGCAGAAGACUCCUCUUCCUCCGACAAUGCAGCAGACUCCUCCUCAUCCGACAAUGCAGAAGACUCCUCUUCCUCCGACAAUGCAGAAGACUCCUCUUCCUCCUCCGUCGCUGAUCCAGGAGAGGAAGAAGAACAAGACUGCACCUCGUCCCUCUCCGCUGCCGACUCCGACGCAUCCGCCGCCUCCUCGACCGAGGUUACCCACGACAUCACCCACCAUUGCCUCUCCGCCCUCCGCCUCGUCGACCACAAGCUGCGCACCGCCAAGGCCAGUGGAGAUUAAAAGUAGGAGUAUAGAAGAUGCAUCGUGUAUGGAGGUCCCGAGAACCAGAGGAGCACGUCGUACACCUCUCGGCUGGAAGAUCGAUCGUUGCGCCAUCGCUUUUCUGCUGCUGCUCCCGAGGAGAAUGAUUCCAAAGCAUCAUGUUCCCGCAAAGUCGCGAACGACUCCCAACCUCCAAUCAACCACAUCACCAAUCAUGCCUCCCCUGAAAGCGGCGGGCAAAGACGCGCAACUGUACGAGGCGGUGAAGUUGGCGGGCGACGCGAGGGCGUUGACGGGACAGACACUUGACACCGACAACUCACCAUCGACACCUCACCACCGACCCUCACCACCGACCCCUCACCACCGACAACUCACCACCGACACUCACCACCGACAACUCACUACCGACAACUCACCACCGACCCCUCACCACCGACCCCUCACCACCGACCCCUCACCACCGACAACUCACCAUCGACACCUCACCCUCCGACACCUCACCUCCGACUCCCACUCCGACUUCCACUGCCACUCCCACUGCCACUCCCACUCCCACUCCUACUUCCACUCCCACUUCCACUCCUACUCCUACUCCCACUCCCUCUUCCACUUCCACUCUUCCACUUCCACUUCCACUUCCACUCAUGAUCCAUCCAUUUUACCUUUACUUCACUAACCACACCAAAAUCG